AUACCAUAUUGUCAAUUGUCAUCUCAUUACGACGAUUGAAGUUUGAACCUUGAAAACAAUCUUUUUGUGUAUCUGUCAAGUUAAAGGUGCAGGCUUUUCACCAUGGGUCGCGUACGUACUAAAACUGUCAAAAAAGCUGCAAAAAUUAUUAUUGAAAAAUACUACACCAGACUCACAUUAGAUUUUGAUACAAACAAGAGGAUAUGUGAAGAAAUUGCUAUCAUACCCACCAAGCCUCUUCGUAACAAAAUUGCUGGCUUUGCCACCCAUUUAAUGAGACGUCUUAGACAUUCCCAAGUCCGUGGUAUCUCCAUCAAAUUGCAAGAAGAGGAGCGUGAAAGACGUGAUAACUAUGUUCCUGAGGUCUCCGCCUUGGAACAUGAUAUCAUUGAAGUUGAUCCUGACACCAAGGACAUGUUGAAAAUGUUAGAUUUUAACAACAUUAACGGCCUUCAACUCACCCAACCUGCUACACAAGGUGGAUAUGGUGGUAGACGUAAUUAAGGAUAAUAAAUAUUAAUAAAAUA